GACACCAGUUUAAUCAUUGUGCUUGGCAAGAAUGCGCUCUAAAUUCACUGUCUGCCUGCACGUUCAUUUUGAUGGUGGAUCGAUUCAUUUAUGAGCUUUUCUGUCACUCUGCUUCAACUCUGCACAGCAAAACAUCACCUGGAUCUGCUCAAAUGCAUCUAACUGAGGAUUGUAGACUUCUCCUGCUGGAUCGGUGAGCCAGAUGAACAACCCUACACCCCUUCACUUCUACAGAACCAAGGGGAAGAAUGUGUGUGUUCUCAUGCUACUGUGUGUUCCCCUCUCCAUGAUGGACAUCCCUGGUCCUUGCAAACAUGCCAUAACCAUGGACCACCUGCUUCAACUAAAACAACUGAUCAGCAACCAGUUGCGGACUGGCUGUUCAAUCACAUAUACAUUCAUAGAGAGAAAACACCUGAGCGUGGUGUGUUAUGUCAAAGCUGCUCUGCCAAGGGUGCUUGAACUGUUUAACGUCCAUUUCAAAUACGUGCGGGGCUCAGGAAGUGCUCAAGCAGUGGUCUCCAUACAGAACCUCAUUCUCAACAUCUACUCCCAACACUGCAUACCUUCACUGGACGAGCAACUGGAGGAGGACCCUGUAGCAUUCGAGAGGCAAUACAAUGAGUCUCCUCUCCAGGCACUUCAAAGAGUCGAGGAGGUUUUGUCCCUCUACUUGCACCUCAUCACAACCACAAACACUCCUGUUAACUGGACCUGUGAGCAAGAGUAUAGCAGCAAUCUACCCCCUACUGCAACACAGCUAACCACCAGCACAGAGGUCGCGGUGGGAUUAUUCGGGCAAGAUCCUCAGGAGUCCUUCAGCGAUGAUUUUUACAGGCUGGGCUUCAUUGUGGUCUCCAUCUGUGGAGGAUUUCUUAUCGUACUCACUGCCUACUGCCUACUAGAGAGAAAGAAGCUGCAGCGUCAGCUUUACAGAACAAGAAUUUCAUCAGACUGGGGAUUACAAGUUGUCGAAAACUUUGAAAUCCAAGAGGAAGUAUACCAGAUGAAUGACCGACGGACACAGCUUGGCUCACACCUCUCCACUGCCUUCUAAACGAUUUGCUCUUUCUGGAUGCUCACAGAAGAGUAUAAACAGUGAACUAGACUUUCUGAUGCUUCAGGAAGACCACGACCAUGAUCAGAGGAGGCAAACUGAAGAGAUAUGUCUGAUCUGUCAAGCUAACUCAUACGCCUUGGACCUUGUACACAUGUAAAUGUGCAUAUUACUACAAACAUCUAUUUCUGGACUACUGGAAAAGUCAAAGUAUUGCAUGCUCAGUAAUGCUACAGUUACAUCAAUCCACAACACCUACUGUAUGAGCUAGAGGAGGAAAAUCAUUCAAUCCUAGUUUGUUUCAUAGUUGGUUUCAUUUGUCAGUCUACUAUAUUGAUG